AUGGCGGCGACGGGACGGGAAGUCGUGGCCGUGGACGUACCGGGACGGCCCGGCUCGAGCGAUCGGGAACUUUGGCGGCACGGCGUGGUGGCGCUCGGACGCGCGAUCGCGGACGCGUUGCACGCAUACCAGUCACGCGUGAUACUGUACGGGCAUUCCGUCGGGGCCUGGAUGGCGUUCGAGGCGGCCGCGGCGCGGCCGUCUGUCAUCUCCCGCCUCGUCGUGAGCGGAGCGAGAGCGCCGUGUCUGGGGCAUUGGCUGAACGAUCCCGACGAGUUAACUCCUCGUCUGUCGACCAUCGAUGACGACGAUACGUUUUGGUGCGCGUUUGAGCGCCGUUACGGCGCGAGCAGGGAGCUUCGUCAUCAUCGAACGGCGAUGGUGGACUCCCUUCGGAACGAUUUCGAAAUGGUUGAAAAUUACGCCGGAAGCGAAACUAAAUUAUCCAUCCCCCUGACGGCAAUCGGUAUACGUAAUGACGACCGGACGACGACGGAAACAAUCGAACAGUGGUCCUCGCACGCUGACUCCUUUUCAUCGAUGUAUUACGGCGACGUGAACGAACCGCACGCGCACCGCGUGUUGCUCGACCAACCAUCCGAUUUCGCGACUUUCUUGGCGCGCGAUGUCCUGGACGCUUCGUGA